AUGGGCUCAGAAGGUUCAGUACCACUACAAUCCAAUAUCCUCAGUACUACUAAAAAAGAUUUUGAUACCUUGUCAAGAUCGGAAGAUUCAGACCUAUCUUGCCUUAGCUCAGAUCUCUCUUCUUAUCAAGGCCAAGCAAACUAUUAUACUAAAUAAACCAAGUCUAAGUGAAGAUGACUUCACUGAUUAUUCAUAUAAUUUUGCAGCUAAACCCCGUUUCCAGAACCCAAAUAAGGAUUGGUACGUAUUAGAAAUAAGAGUACAGGUACAAAAAGAAAGAGUCUAUUUCAACAAGGCAUUUUAAGAAUCUGCUCAGUGAUGGGCAUAAAUAGCGCUUUUAUAAUCCAGAAUGCAUACAGAAGGUACAUGAUAAGAAAGGCCAAGAAAGAAACACCAAAGCAAACUGAUGGGAUAAUUCUUCUCUUUGGAGCAUCGAUAAAUUCAAAAACAAUGUCUAAAUCUGAUUUUAACCAGUGCAAAGACAUGCUUGAACAUUCAGAUCUUCCUCUCGAAGUGAAGGAUUUAGGUAUUGAUUCUUCGUUACAGAAGGAAGCUCUUCAAUAUGGCAGACUAGAAGACCUUCCCUUUGUGGUUAUCAAUGGUAUAAAUAUUGGAGGAGUUGAUGACUUAAUCAACAUUGUUGACUUGAAAAUCCUGAGGCCUAUAUUUUACAAAGAAUAUAUCAACCACUGCUUGUUAUGAAAUGCUACAAGGAUAAAUGAGCAUGCAGACUACUGCAGUAAUUGCUUUAAAGAGCUCCUAUGGUUUGCUAAAUCUCCAUACAAUCCUACAGUGAUCGUUGGGAAAACGCCCAAGCCUCCAUCUGAAGAGGAGUCUGAUCUGGGUGAUUACAAAGAAAAUGAUUUUUUUAACUAUUUUAAGAAUGAGAACAGGAUGAAUAGGACCGAAAUUGUCACUAAAAAACAAACAAAGAAGAAUGAAUUGAUGGACACCACAAACAAUGAAAUGGAUAUAGGGGAGAAAAUGCUCUCAGAGUUAAUGAAUGCAGACCUCAGCUUUGGAUCAGGCACCAAUGAAAGUUCAAGCGCGAUGUAAAACAAUGAUUGCUAUAUUUUCAACAGA